AUGACAAAAAUUCGCACUCGUUUUGCUCCUAGUCCGACCGGAAAAUUACACAUAGGUGGUGCAAGGACGGCAUUAUUUAACUAUAUAUUUGCAAAACAUUAUAAUGGUGAGUUUAUUUUAAGGUGUGAAGAUACUGAUACUAAAAGAAAUAUUGAUGGUUUAGCAAAAGAAAUAGCACAACAGUUAGAAUGGUUGGAAAUUAAGCCUGAUAUGUCUUAUUUUGAAUCAGAGAAACAAAAAAGAGAAGCUGAAAAUCAAUAUGUUAUUAGGUUGAAAUUAAAUACAAAAGAUUAUCAUUGGAAUGAUUUAGUUAGGGGUGAUAUUACUAUAAAAAGCCAAGAAUUAGAUGAUUUUGUGAUUUUAAAAAAUGAUAAAUACCCUACUUACAAUUUUAGUGUUGUAAUAGAUGAUCAUGAACAACAAAUAAGUCAUAUUCUUAGAGGUGAAGAGCAUAUUACUAAUACUGCUAAGCAAAUAGCUCUCUAUGAGACAUUUAAUUGGACUAUACCAAAGUUUGGUCAUUUAACUAUUAUAGUCAAUGAGUUUGGCCAAAAAUUAUCUAAAAGAGAUGAAAAAACAAAGCAAUUAAUAGAAGAAUUUAUUAAGCUUGGUUAUCCUAAAUUGGCUAUAUUUAACUACUUAACAUUAUUAGGUUGA